AUGGAUUCCAAGAUAAUUCUUUUGGUGGUCAGUAUUACGUCUGUUGCCAUAGUGGUCAAAGGCAAAGCAGUUUUGCAGGUUAACACCAACCCAGGACUUAUAUUUCAAAACGCUGAGCCAAAUGAGCCCGUUCUUUCAAUAAGCGCUUUUGAUGACGUCACUGACGCUCCAUUAUCAGGCGUCGCUCUGACGUCAAUUCCCGAUGCCGAGUAUUUUAAGCUGGAACAACAUCAACGCUUCCCAAAAGAGCAUGCGCUGAAAGUGAAAAAGAAAAUCGAUAAACCUGUUGGUUACGUGUUUCAAUUUAACGUUUAUUACGGUGCCUAUACCGAUCAGCUGAUCAAAAUCAACGUCACUGAGAGAAACCAGUAUGCGCCUAAAUUUGACAAAAGCGUGUAUACGUUUUUGGCGUUACGUAACGGAUACGAGGAAAAUUUAACUGAAAUUGGUUCCGUUCACGCUACUGACGCCGACCGUGAGGCAUAUAAUAAGAAGUUUCAUUAUCACAUUUUGGAUCCUAUGGCGUCGCAAUAUUUCCACGUUGACCUUGAAACGGGAACGCUUGAUCUUAUUGAUGUUUUACCGUCGGGACGUAACAACUAUACGUUCAACGUAACGGCGAUUGACGGUGGCUCGCCUCAGCAGCUAAACUCUGUGCGGAUUAUUGCGAGGGUCACCGAUCUAAAACCACCGGAUAUCUUCUGCGUCGCCGUGGACGAGGAUUCGGCACGAGUCUGCUGGAAAGACCCAACUAACGGAAGUUACGUCAUGAAAUACGAGCUGACACUGCAAAUGGACAAUGAUGACGUCAACACGACUGACGUCAGAGUUGACGGCGUGCAGGACGAGACGUGCACGAUCAUACCUGGUGAGCAGUUGGGGCGUAACUAUACCUUUAACGUGAGGGUGCUUAACGCGCUUGAGUGGAGUCCCCAGAGUUUGCAGCGGAAAGUCCGUAUUGCGAAGAAAGGUCGUUAUGGUGACUGUCCGCUGUUCAGCGACUGUAGCAUCCUUACCCCAUGCGCUAACGAGGGUAAUUGUCUCGUGGAGAAUGACGCGAGUUACACGUGCAACUGUACACGUGGAUUUGGAGGGGACAACUGCACGGACGUUGAUCUGUGCACCACUGACCCGUGUAAAAACGGGGGUGUAUGUACAUUCACGGGGGAUAAGAAUUAUACGUGCGACUGUCCGCCAACCUUCUUCGGAGCUCAAUGCGAGAAAGUGUCCCCAUGUGUUAAAAAUCCGUGCGGGGCGGGGUUUUGCUCACUGGCGGGAGAUGGUCAUAUAUGUGACUGCCCGGACGGGACAUCCAGACUUAACUGCGACGAAGCGCACUGUCCGAGCGACGACCACUUUUACGACCGCACGGGCCGCUACCACUUCCCGGAGACCAUAUCCGGCGACCUCGCGCGCGUCUACUGUCGCCAUGGCGCGAAAAGCGUCCUGAGUUUUGGGUACGCCAUCCGGAGGUGUUCAGUAAGCCGUGACGGGGUACCGCACUGGGAGGAACCGGAAACGUCCGAAUGCGUGGAGCUUGACUCCAGCGCCGUCAGCCAGAACCUUAGGAACCUUGCGUCCAUGACGAAGGACGCUUCCGGGCUGAGGUCCGAGGAGAUUGCCAAUAUCACCACCAUGCUAGAAGAGUACUUCUUCUUCUCGUUCGAUGACAGAGAGAUUGCAACAGAGAUGACAGAAGUUAUUGGCAACCUACAGGACGCCAACGAAAGCGUCAUCAUAGAGAGCAACUCUCGCAACCAUUCUAGUGACAGGCUUCUCUGGUUGCUGAAUGAAUAUGUUUCACACGUGAAGACUGAUACUGACGUUUCCAUAGAAACCGAAAACAUUAAUCUCAAGGUUGUUGAUCACACGAGGACAGACGAGGCCUUCAUCUACCAGCCAAAACUAACGGAGAAAGAAUACACUAUUCCCAGUGGAAUCAGUUUAAAAUUACCACCAGAAGCUCUUACGUCAUCAAAUUCUGCGGGCAAUCCCAGAAUUCAACUGAUGACGUUUCGAUCGUCAUCUUUCUUCAUUCCAACGGAAGACAUUCCGCCGCAAGAAAUAGUUCUUAAACAAAGAGUGGUGUCAGCUGUCAUCAAGGGAAGGAGCAUUAAGAAUCUGACCAGCCCUGUUGAAAUAAAAAUUCAGAAUAUUGAGAAUGCGGCAAACCAUACAUGUGUUUUCUGGGAUGAUGAAACGCGAACGUGGUCUAACGAUGGAAUGGUGACACACGACCAACAGAAUAACAAGACAACUUGCUACUCGACACAUCUGACCAGUUUUGCCGUGCUCUUGGAUCCUUCGCCCGAUUACUCCCUCGGCGAUGAUCACGAGCAGAUUUUGACUUACAUUUCGUACAUCGGCUGUGGAAUCUCGAUCCUAGGGUUAACGUUGACGAUUAUCACGUACUCCCUUUUCCGGCCGCGUUCAAGUUCAUCUAGCUGUAUUAAUAGAGAAAAGUCUGGCAAAAUUCUGAUGAACCUUUGUGCAUCAAUGCUCAUCCUGAACGUCGUCUUCGUCAUCGGAUCCGAGACCUCAUUGGCCAUUUCUGGUGACGGAAUGUGUAAAGCGGUGGCCAUUUUACUGCACUACUUUCUUCUAACUACGCUGGCUUGGAUGAUGGUGGAAGCGGUGAAUAUGUACCAAGCCCUUAUCACCGUGUUUGCCAAGUACUCCGGCUUCUUCAUGCUGAAGAGAUGCAUCUGCGCAUGGGGUGUACCUGCGCUUAUAGUAAUAAUUACGAUAUCCAUCGACAUCAACAACUACAAAACUACGACUCAACUAUGCUUUUUGUCGCAAGGAAAUGCGGUCGCAUUUUAUGCUGCCCUGCUUGGACCAGCUUGCCUCGUCCUUCUCAUCAACUUCGCCGUGUUUAUCAUGGUCUCUCGCGUGAUCUUGCGUCCCCGCUUCAAAGGAGGCCAAGUCGUGAGCAAUAGCGACUCGUUAAAUCCCGCGCAAAUUCGCGGUGCUUUCACCGUAAUGACGUUGCUUGGAAUCACGUGGGUCUUUGGACCGUUUGCCAUCAAAGAGGCCAAAAUCGUCGUAAACUACGUGUUUACCAUUCUGAAUUCACUCCAAGGGUUUUUAAUUUUUGUGUUCCGAUGUUGUUUCAAUCCCGAAGUGAGAAUGUCGUGGUUAUUGCUAAUAAAAACGGGUAAAUUCAAGCGGAGAAAGGGUCCGAUCUCUGCUUACACUUCCGAUACUUCAUCCAAAGGCGACAGCAAACUAAACGGUAGUUAUGCUGAGACCGUAAAAUCGAACAUGUAUAACAGCUAUGGAAAACCAAGGCAUAUGUUAAACAAUGAUAAAAAUCUGGAUAAAAAUACAAACAACCAUUCGAAGGCGUCCAAAGACCUUCAUUCAUAUUUUAAUGACAGUAAGCAUCGCAAAGGAAGUGAUGGGCGCAAGUCUAGCUCCUCGUCAGACAAUGGGAGAUUGUAUAGUAGAAAUGGUGAGCAUCACAUGACAACGGAAAGGAAUGGUAAAAAUGGUGAGCAUCACAUGACCACGGAAAGAAAUGGUCAUCGAAAUGGUCAGCAAGACCAUGGUCAAGACAGAAAUUGUGUGACCACCAUAUAUACUGGUCGUUUCAGCGAAGCAAAGCGCAGUUCAGGAUUUAUGCCUUGUACAGAUGAGUUUACCCGUCUCUAAAUGUUAUCCUUAGAUAUAUUAUUAAACACUAGUUGUACGGGUACGUGUUCGUGUAGACUACUUUUUGUGUACUACGUCAUCAUGGUAUGUGUGCGUUCGUGUAGCUACCCGAACAAGUUUAAGUACACAAAGUGCUUCGCAAACAUUUCUAUUUUGUCGGUGUAUUGGUGUGUUUUAUUCAUGAACUUGUCCCUCAUACUGACCUUUACAUUCUAAAAUAUAUAAUAUAUUUUGUCAUAUUUAACUAAGAUACCAAAGAUUGUAUAGCAGUUUAUGCUUGUUUUGUAUGGGAUCGUUAAUGUUGAUUUGGUUUGCAAUGAAGUGUUAUGUCUUGUUAAUUUUUAAUAAACUUUGGAUUCUAGUCUCAUCAGCUUUAGAUAUUGUGUUAAUUCUACCAAUACGCUUAAGGUGUUUUUCAUAUCUAAGAAUUAGCUUUAUGUAUUGUUUUAUAUCUAACAAUCAGCGUAAGGUAUUGUUUUAUAUAAUUAUUCGAAUCAGUUGAAUGUAUUGUUUUAUAUCAAACAAUCAGCACAAAGUUGUUUUUUAUCUAACAAUCAGCUGUAUGUAUUGUUUUAUAUAUCACAAUCAGCUUUAGUUUUUUUGUAUAUUCGAAUCAG